AUUUAUAACGCCAGGCUGCGUUAGGGUCUCUUCAGUCUCUCCUGCAAACUGUCUGCUGCUAGGAGGUCACUCCCAAAAACCUGCACAGCCCGUGACCUGCAAGCACAGUGUUUGAUCUGGGAUCUAGGGCGGGCACCAGUCCUUGCACACUGAGAGACGCACUCACAUGCUGCUUGACACACGGGAGAUCCCAGAGCAGCACAGCGAGGCUUUGGAAAGGAGGCUCUCUGCUUGGUCCCUUCAGCGCCAGCGCCAUGCAUUGGGCCACCAUCCUGCUCGUCGCCGGGCUCUGCGGAGCCUCCCUGGGCCAAUACAAUGAGGAGGAGGACUUGGCGUGGCUGCAGUACUACAUGCGGCAGUCCCGGAUGUCCUCCUACAACUACAUGCCCUACUACGAGGACGAGAACAGCCCCUACGUUUACUCUUACCUCCCAGCCCCGGACACUGAGGCAGAGCCCGUCCCUGAAGCUCAGCAGGCCUCAUCCUGGCAAUGUCCCCAGGAGUGUGACUGUCCCCCCAACUUCUCAUCGGCCAUGUACUGCGACACGCGCAACCUGAGGUAUCUGCCCUUCGUUCCCACCCGGAUGAAGUACGUCUACUUCCAGAACAACCAAAUCACCGCCAUCCAGGAGGGAGCUUUCGACAACGCCACCGAGCUGGAGUGGCUGGCGCUGCACAACAACCAGAUCAGCAGUGAGAAGAUGGGCAAGAGGGUCUUUGCCAAGCUGAAAAACCUGGAGCGACUGUACAUGAACAACAACAACCUGACCAAGAUGCCCAGCCCCCUGCCCCGGUCCCUGAGGGAGCUCCACUUGUCUUACAAUCAGAUCUCCAAGGUCCCCUCCAAUGCUCUGGAGGGUCUGGAGAACCUCACUGCCCUGUACCUCAGCCACAACUAUAUUUUUGAGAUGGGAGCAUCCCUCAAAGGGCUCAAGUCCUUGAUCCUCGCUGAUCUGAGCUAUAACCACCUCAGGAAAGUCCCUGAUGGGCUCCCAAUGGCUCUGGAACAGCUCUACCUAGAGUACAACUACAUCAACACAAUCCCUGAUGACUAUUUCAAGGUGUCUCCCAAGCUGCUCUAUGUAAGGAUGUCCCACAACAGCCUGACAAACCAAGGGCUCUCUACCAACACUUUCAACAGCAGCAGCAUCCUCGAGCUGGACCUCUCCUACAACCGGCUCCAGAAGAUCCCCCGGGUCAGCACCAACCUGGAGAACCUCUACCUUCAAGGGAACCAAAUCAAUGAAUUCUCCAUCAGCAGUUUCUGCACUGUCGUGGAUGUGAUGAACUACUCCCGGCUCCAGGUGCUGCGGUUGGAUGGGAAUGAGAUCAAGCGCAACGCGAUGCCCCCCGACGCCCCGCUGUGCCUGCGGCGUGCCACCGUCAUCGAGAUCUAGCCUGCUGCCAGCCCUGCUCCUCAGGACUCUGCUCCCUUCUUCCCGGGGAGACACUCACUCCUAUUUUAAUGCAGCUUGACAGUUUGACUUGGCUUCUGCAAUAGUGCAAUAAGGGUGCUCCAAUGCCAGCCCACGCAGGGGGGCAGGAUCUGCUCAUCCCCAAAUCCCCCCCUUCCCCCGUCUCUCCAGCCUCACAGAUCCCAUGUAGCCAUGCCCUGGUCCGUGCAGGAGGCAGUGGGGAAGAAGGAGAGCUCAUCCCAUCUCUGAAAUGUGGUGCUAAGCAUUCGGCUCUGGAUGUGGGUCUUGCAGAACCACCCCGGUGGCUUCCCCUGGGCAAGGGUUUGGUGAUCGCUUGGAGCUCAAUAGGUGAAGGGUUACAGAUUUCCCAACCAGCAGCAUCCCUCUCUCUAGGAUGGGAAUAAGCAAAUCUCUAUCCUUAUUUUACCACCUUUCCCUGAAGCUUCCUGCUGCAAACAUCAAGCCAAGAGGAAAGAAAUCUUUCCUGCUGCUGCCCAGCAGCCUUCAGCUGAUAAGGUCAGAGAGAAACUCCUUGAGGAGCAGCCAUGGCCAGAGGGACCCUCACACCUCCCCAGGUUUUGGGACAGGCCAAGAGACAGGCACAUUGCAGUGCCGUCACCCCAUAGAGCUCCAGGUCCAUGCCAGGAGCAGCCCUGUGUCCCUGCUACCCCUGCCCAGGCACCAGGUGCUGCCAUGAGAGCAACUGGGCCACAUUCUGGGUCUGCACACAGCCGUGUCCUCCCACUCUGCCGACCGACCCCAUUGCUGCGUGCCACUCAGCUGCAGCUGCCCCAGCCUAGGGAGAGCAGCCCAACAGCAGGUGAGGUUUCGAACCAGGUGGGACCCACCUGGCUUUAACAGGGGAGGGUUUCACUGCUCCCAAAGUUCUGGUGCCUAACUCCUGUACUCACCCACACUGCAGGAUCUGCCCUACUCCUCCCACCCCUCCACCUGCUGGCACAGCUCAGGGCUUCCCACCUAGGGAACUAGGCUUUCCCACUAGGAAUAAAUGAUGCAGCAGUAAUGUCUGCAUGGGCAGCACAUCUCAAUUUAUCAAGAGCCGAAGCACCAACUUGGUUCCUUGGACAGGCUUACUGAGAACCAAAGGGGCAGCUGAGCUUUGAAGAUGACCUGCAAAGCUGAAGAGGUCAUCCAGACCCUCCGCAUUUAAACUGCAUGCUAACAUUAUAGAAACAAAAAAACAAAAAAACCUGCACUAUCACCGGCGCAUGAACUGUAGAUGUCAUACCGACGAAUAAAGCCCUUUC